GGAAGAGCUAGUCAGUACGUGGCCUUUUCAUCUUGAAUCACAGAGGCAGGAGCUCCGCUUCAUUAAAAAUGGAACUCGAGGCUAUGACCAGAUACACCAGCCCGGUGAACCCGGCUGUGUUCCCCCACCUCACUGUCGUCCUGCUGGCCAUCGGCAUGUUCUUCACUGCCUGGUUCUUCGUCUACGAGGUGACAUCAACAAAAUACACUAGGGAUGUGUACAAAGAGCUGCUGAUCUCCCUCGUGGCAUCACUUUUCAUGGGCUUCGGUGUGCUAUUCUUGCUACUCUGGGUUGGCAUCUAUGUAUGAAGUUUCGGGUGACUGACUUAAAAGAAUGACACAUUCCAGUGGAACGAAGGACAUCACACACAACACAAACUGGAUUUAAUUGGACGGCACUGACGAUAUUCUGGGAUCAUAUGGACUCUGAUUUUCUUUUCACUAGUAAAGAGGAUUUGUACAA